AUGCUGAAGCAACUCACUUCUCGGGCGCCCUUCCCCGCAUCUCUGGCGGUUCUCCCGUGGGCCGGCCGCGAUGCCGCCGCCUCUUCUUCUUCUUCCACUACUUCCGGCCGUCGGCGGGGGUCGGCCGCCGUGGAGGAGGAUCGACUUCUCGCCGUGGAGUUCCUCACCGCAGGAGGCGAAGGAGGAGCGGCUGCGGCGGCGGAGAAGUCCACAUCGACCCCCGGCGGCGGCGGCUCGUCGUUCCCCAUCGGCGGCCGGACGGCGGCGGGGACCGUCACCCUCGACUCCGCCACGCGGCGCCUCCUCGCCGGCCUCGGGCCGAAUCCCACCGUCCGCGACUACCGCCUCGCCAUCACGAACGCCGUGCGGGAGGCACAGCGACUGCGCGCCUCCGGCCUUCUGCUCCGCACCCCGCCGCCCGACGCGGUGUCCAGCAUGGGGGAUUUAUUCCAGCCGCCCAGCGCGCUGUCCGCGAUGGAUGUGGUGGAGAAGACGGCUUCCUUUGCCGUGACAGCAGCGUACAAGUACGAUCGACUCCGUUCCAAGAAAGGGGACGACAGUGAUGGUGAACGUAACCCAAAGAAUACGAAAGACGAAGGACCAAUGAAACUUUUCAUUGAUUCUGAGGCAACAGAGGCAGUUACGAGGGGUAAUGUUAUUGGAGAUUGCAUUAACACCGCUCGAAACUUGGGUAAUCUUCGUGAGGAUGAAGGUAUUCCACAGCUUUACUGUGAGUGGAUUCAAAAGGAACUCACACCACUUGGUGUGAAGGUACGUCACAUAUUAAAAGGCGAACGUCUGCAAAGAGCAGGAUUGAAUCUUCUCUAUAACGUUGGAAAAGGUUCACGUCAUGAACCUUACUUGGUGGUAUUUGAGUAUGUAGGUAAUCGACAAAGCGAUGAAGCGACGGCAUUGGUUGGAAAAGGUGUUACCUUUGAUUGUGGUGGUCUUAAUGUAAAACCAUAUGGAUCAAUGGAAACGAUGCAUUUGGAUAUGAUGGGAGCGGCAACCGUAAUGACAACCAUUAAGGCUAUUGCAACACUCCAAUUACCGGUAAAUGUUGUUGGUGUUGUUGGUUUGGUAGAAAAUGCUAUUGGUCCUAACAGUUAUUAUCCUUCUUCUAUCAUUACAAGUCGUAAAGGUCUUACAGUGGAAGUCCUUAAUACGGAUGCUGAAGGACGUCUCGUCCUUGCUGAUGCUCUUACAUAUGUACAACAGGAUGCAAAGUUAAACAAAAAAGUGGAUACCAUUAUUGAUCUUGCCACCCUUACUGGUGCUGUUUUGGUUGGUUUGGGAAGCCGUCGUGCAGGGUUAUUCAGCAAUGACCUAAAACUCUCACAGCAACUCAUGGAAGGUGGACGCAUCAGCGGAGAUGAGGUGUGGCCUAUGCCUAUUGGUGAAGAACAUAAAAAAGCUGUGAAGGGAGGUAUUGCAGAUUUAGUAAAUGUAUCCACAGGAAGGGAAGCAGGAUCCUGCACAGCCGCUGCUUUUCUGAGUAACUUUAUAGAUGAUGGUAUGAAAUGGGCUCAUCUUGACAUUGCAGGGGCAGGUAUGGGAGGUGAUAAACCAAAGGGAUUUCAACCUGCAGGAGCACCGGGAUUUGGUGUACAACUUCUCGUGGAUCACUUCCGGCAGAAUUUAAUAAAUAAAGAAACAAACAUCACCAAACACCGCAUUACUGCUGCUGCUCCUAUUAAACGGGCUGCUGAUGCUUCUGAUAAUAAUAAUAAAAAUAAAAAUACUAAUGCUUCUGCCGGGUCUAAUAUCGAGGAAUCGAAGGAGGAGGUGCUGAUCAUGAAACCACAAAAGGGAAAGAAGAUGGUACGUACUGAGAAAAAGGGUCGAAAGGAUAAACGAAGGAAGUAA